AUGGCCCCGUCGCUCAAUGGCCCUGGCCGUCUGGAUUCCACCCCCGCCCCCGCUGUUUCGCUCGACGGCGACCUGGCCGAAAUCAGCAAGCGUUUCGAGCAAAUCAACCGUUUGGACGAGGAAAAGUCCAAGUUCAUGGCCGAGCUCAUCGCGCAGUAUGGAUAUGUUCGUAAGCAGAACCAGGCCAUGCUGUCUCAACGCAGUCGCGAGCUUGAAUGGGUGCUGCAAUGGCAAUCAGACAAGCAGCACUACGAGAAGUGUAUGCGGAACAUGCAGCGUGCCAUUACCGACAAUUCCUUUGUAGUCGUACUCAUUGACGGCGACGGCAUGAUUUUCCGUGACGAGUUUCUGCGAGAAGGCGAAGUGGGUGGGCGCCGGGCUGCCUCGAAGCUGCAUGCCGCUAUUCAAAACUAUGUCCAAGACCACAACGAACACAACAGCCAUGACAUCUCCAAUGGGUCGCGGAUUGUUUGCCGGAUUUACGCCAACGUUGGGGGUCUUGCCGAUGUGCUCGUGCGCACUGGCGUCAUACCGGAUAGUAAACACUUUAUGAACUUUGUGCGUGGGUUUACGAGGGGCAAGACGCUCUUUGAUUUUGUAGACGUGGGCGCCGGCAAGGAUCGUGCCGAUGAGAAGAUCAUUGAGUCUUUCAAACUCUACUCUCAAGAUUACCACUGCCGUCGUUUGCUGUUCGGAUGCUCCCAUGAUAACGGCUAUGCUCGCCUGCUUGAAGAGUGCUCCGAUCGAGACGAGCUCCUUGACAAGGUUGUUCUGCUCGAGGGCGUUCCUUUCGAAAAGGAGCUGGUGUCGCUACCAUACAAGACAAAGAGGUUCCCCGACAUCUUCCGUGACUCGAAGCUCAUCGCUUGGCUGGCUAAUAAAACUUUUAACGCCCUGUCGCCAUCAUUUGUACCGACUGGUAUUUCCGGAUUCGAUAUCAAAGAGAGCGCGAACUUUGUCGUAUCAACAGGUCUCCCCUCUCGCUUUCCAGCGCCCGCUUCUCCACGACCACUUAGUACCUCGUCUCUCCUGGACAGCCCUCUUGCCAGCAGCGCCGCGUUGAACCACAUAGCUAGGACACCCUCGACUUCAUCUCUAGCUUCCGACGGUCUGAUCACACGUAAACCGACUGUGGAGCCCAUGAACUACGCCGCCAAAGCAGCGGCCCCCCCUCCGUCUGCUUCUCCGUCUCCCGUCUACAAGGCCUCUCACCGCGACGAAGUCAUUGCGCGCAACCGCGCCGGCCAGCGCGUCGAUCCGCCCUGCAAAAGCUACGACAAGACCGAAGUCGACCGCAUCAAGAAGCUGAAACUGUGCAACGUGCAUUUUCUGCGCAAAGAAUGCCCUUAUGGAGAGCACUGCACACACUCGCAUGCGUAUAGUCCUACAGAGAGCGAAAUCGCCACGCUUCGUCUUGUCGCGCGCAUGGCGCCGUGCGUCUACGGCAGUGGCUGCCAGGACAUCAAGUGCAUCUAUGGCCACCGGUGUGCUGCACCGCCGCAUAAAACCAAUCAUGUCAAGGGCACCAAGAGCUGUAUUUUCGGCGACUCGUGCAAGUUUUCCGAGGAGCUGCAUGAUAUCGAUACACAUGUAGUCAAGACAUUGGUGAUUCGCUAG